GCUGCCCCAAGCCAGGUGGCUUCCUGUGCCGUCUGCCACGGCACCCUGUGUCAGGUGUGUGUCUCCCAGAAGUGAGGGGGUGCGGCGAGGAGGAGGCCUGGCAGGGUCUGACCACGUACCAGGCGCCUGCAGGGUGCUGUCCCAGUGCCCUCUCUUCCCCUGGGUCGGCGGGGGUGCGGCCCCCAUCUGGCCCGAGCAGCACGCGGCCCCCCGGCCUCCUCUCCUUCAGCCUGAAGGACGCCCUUUGUGUUGCUUGCUAUGCAUUUCUACCAGUGUUGAAUCCUCUUCCGUUUUAUCUUGCUGGGUUUUGGGGAGAUGUUUGUGCCAGAUGUGGGGUUCUGGGUUGCCAGCUUGUUCCAGGACCUCGACGGUGUUGCUUCGCCAUCUUCCCGUGCGUUCUGUCCCACGAGACACUCGUCACCCGGUUACUCCACACGUAUCACCGCCGAGCACCCCCGCGCUCUGAUCACCAGGUGCCUCCACGCAGGCUUCUUUACAUUUUUGCCACCUGGUUUCCGUUGAGUUUUUUAGAUUUGUGUAUUUAUCCUUUUUAUCAUACGUGGAAAGGUUAUGGUCUAUUUUUUCCAGGAUUUUUCUUGUCCCUCCCUUUCUCUUCUCUUCUUCCGGGCCCGUGAGUACUCGUGUGUUAGGCCAGUCUGUUUGUCCCCCCAUCCGCUGACACUCAUUUUAUUUUUUUGGCCUCUGUUUUCUUCUGUUCAGUUUUCCUUGCUGUCUUCAAGCCCACAGACCGUUUCUUGGUCGCGUCUCGUCCGGGGCUUUUCCUUCCCAUGUGUCGUAGUAGCUCUCUUGUCAGGCAGUGCGUUUGGGGCUUAGCCUUUGCGUGUCCUCUCAGCACUGUGUGAGACCGGUUGCCUGGCGUUGGGCCCGCCUGGGGUCCAGUCAGCACUGUCCCCUUCCCGUGGUCCCGUCGAGCCAGCUCUCCGUGGGCCUCUGCUCUGGGCUGGAUGCUGUGAGUUUCGUUCGCUUGGCUAGGUGUUGGGCAUCUGGGGUUCCUGACCCUCUGCUUUCACUCUGGGUGCCGUCACGUCCCCUGGACACCAAGAGUUGUACGCUUCUCUGAGGGACCUGGUUCCGUCAGAAGAGACGGUCCCGAGGCUGUGACCUGAGCGCGUGUGCCCACUGCUCCCCACUGUUUGCAGGGUCACCUGCAGGCUUGCUUGCCGCAGGGACACGCGUGUCAGCCCAGGCAGGGGUCAGGCGCCGAAUGCCAGCUGCCCGCCAGGCUGUCCGCGCCCGUCGUCCACAGUGACUCUCUCAGGUCUGCCCUGGGGGAGAGACAGAGGCUGCUGGGUUGGCCCGUGCCUGGACUCGUUGGUCCUGGAGGGCUGCUCCCGGCCUGCCCCCGCAGUGGGGCGGGGCUCCCGUUUCCUGGGUCCCUUUUGUGCUGGAGGCAGGGCCUCCAGGACGAGGAGAAGCGGAUUGGGCCCCUCCAGGGGUGGGAUGUCGGAGUCAGCCGUGCCUCCCCGUGCCUCCCCGACCCUGCCCGGUGCGCACAGCUGGUGCUAGGGCCUGGGCUCCAGCGCAGGCCUGGGAGCCCCUCCUCCCUGGGGCCUGCCCCUCUGCUGGGGGAGCCCUGUGGAUGGCGGGAGCCGCGCUGGCGGGCGCUGCCCUGGAGCAGCCCAAGCCUACCCCAUGUCCCCGCAGCAGAGGGGCUCUCGGCCCCCGGUGCCUGUGCCUUGGAUCCGCCCCGCCCAUCUGUCCUCCCUGUCAUUGCUGCUGUCUGUUCUUUGUGUGCUGCCCCGUCCCCACCACAGCCUUUCCAGACGUGGGGCUCCUCGGAGCGUCCCUGACAGGGUGCCCGGCUCGGGGGGCAUCGGGCAGAGCUGCCUCUGGAGCUCGGGCUCCCAGCACCAGGCCCUAGGGCUUCAGGAGCUGGAGUAGGAGGGCGUUUUCUCCUGCUGCAGAGGUGGGGUCAGUAGCCAGGGUCGCCCGCGUGAGGCAGAGCCAGAGGGACCCGGCGCCCCACCUCUGCUCCAGCCCCCGGCUUUGCUGGCCCGGGCCUACGGGCAGGGCAGGAGGUGUUGGGGCCUACAGGCAGGGCAGGAGGUGCCACCCACCUCUGCUCAGGCCGCCACACAGGUACCACGGCCGGGCUUGAGCCACAGAAGUGUCGUCUCCAGCCCUGGAGGCUGGAGUCUCAGACCCAGGUGUGGGCAGGGCUGGUCCUCCUGAGGCCUUCUCUCCUCGGCGUGUAGACAGCCGUCUCCUCCCUGUGUCCUCACGGGGUCGUUGCUCUGUGUAGGUCUGUCUCCUGACUUUCUCUUAUAAGCACACAGUUUUGUGGGGUUAGGGCCACCCCAGGGUACCUCAGUCAUCUUACAUUAAACAUUUCUUUAAAGGCCCUACCUUCAAUUAUAGUCACAUUCUGAGGUUCUGGGGGUUAGGACGCAACAUAUGAAUUGGGGGGACACGGUUCAUCUCUAACACCGCCUGAGGAGUGAAGAGCUGUAAUUUCUUUACUAAAUGUGGGCCCAGCAGUAGCUCAUGAGGUGGAGUUUUUGCAGCCAUUAACCCAGCUCGUGGGGCCCGGCGACAAAGGCACCACACGGCCCCUGCCGGUUCUGAGGAGGGGCUGGGAGGCAGAGGGGGGAGUCUGGUUAUGAAGAUGUGUGUUUAGCGAGAGCACAGGUGCGCACGUACACACACGCAUACAGGCUGCCCCCAGCCAGGGACGGAAGGCUGCAUCGCCUCAUCCGGGCCCCACCCCAGCUGAGCGUGUCCCCCCACCAGACGUGCCCCCACUGAUGACAGCCAGGCCUGGAGGCAGAGGAGGGAGGUGGGCCUGUGCCGGGGCGGUAGAGAGGCUUCCCCCAGGCCCGGGGGCAUGGCUGGGCUGUGUGUCAGGGACCGCCCAGCCCAGACCUCCUGGAGUCCGCCACCCACCUCACCUGGACCAAGCAGGUGCCGGCUCAGCAGGGCCGCCCAAGGGGCCGAGCAGGCUGAGUGCCGGGUGGCAGGGCUGCGGCUCCCCCGCUCAGGGGCACAUGGAGGUCAGGCAGCGGCACCCGCUUGGGUCCUACCCGGCCUCAGCCCUCCCACGGAAUGGGGCCGAGUUCGGACGGGUGCAGUGAGACCAGGUCUGGCGGCUCCCGGACGCUCCUCAUCCCGUGGUGGGUGGGCCCGCAGGACCCCCCACACCCGGCGCCCGCACCAAGGCUUCACCCUCCCGCGGCCCGAGUGCCCCCACCCCACCGCUUCCUCCUCCCUCCCAGGGCCCGGGCCGGCCAUCUGCCGCCUGCUGCCCGCACCCUGGGUGAGCCUUGGACAGGGGGUGGGGCCCCCGGCUGGCCCCUGGGGUUGCACUUGACCUCCUUUGUCCACAGCCUGAUUUCUUCCAGCCCUUCCCCGGUGGGCAGGGCAGGGUUGACCCCUGGGCUCAGGGCCUUGGGGCUCUGGGGGUCAUGGGGAGAGGCCUCUCCCAGGGCUGGUCAGCAGCCCUCCCCCUCCCAGGGCCAGGUAGUUCGGAUCUGGGGAACCAGAUAGGCAGGCUUAACGAGGCCGCCUGCGGGUGGAUGCCUGUUCAGGGGAGGGAGGAGAGGGGAGGGCUGCCUCUGCAGGGGGUGAGCGUGUUCACCCAGGUCCGGCCCCCCCAGAAACACAGCUCACCAGGAUGCACCCCUCAGCCGGUCUCCACCCCGGAACUCACUACAACAGCCUCUGUCCCUGAGCAGAUGACAGGCCAGGUGUGAGGGGCAGGUGAGCCCCAUGGCCGCCGGAGUCUCUCCAUCUCUUCCGCUGACAGAAGCUCAGGCCAGCCUGGCCCAGGAUUAUCUGCUCUCCCGUCUCAGCGUCUCCAGCGCUGAGACCCUGGCCUUCUGUGGCAGGUGUCCCCGGCCCCCUCAGGCAGUGGGGGAUUAGCGGCCGCACCAUCUGCUCCCUCGCCCACCCCGCGGAGCAGGGGCGGGAGGCUGGCAGCUCUGUCAGGCCGGGGCUUGGCCUUCUGGCCUCCAUCAGCCAGGCCCGCCUUCUGUGCCUGCCGCAGGGGGAGGGGCGGAGGGCAGGCUGUGUGUGCACAUUCUGGGUUCUCCACUGACCCCCCCAGCCUCUGUUGGCCUUCCCUGGGUGACAGCAGACCCCAUCACGACCACGGCCAGGCUCCUGUGUGCGUGGCCUCGUCACUUCCCAACUUUGAGGCGUCUGGGCAACUGAGAAACACCCCAGGAGGGGCCAGGGCUCCCCCGCCUGCAGGCUCACGUCACCCCACGUGCAGUUCUGCGUGCUGAUCCGUGGGUCCCCAUGGCUGCCGAGCCCCCAUUCUGGGAGGCCCUCCCACUGCCCUGGCGGCCAGGGUGCCCGGCUAGUCCCGUGAGUGCCCUCAAGCCAAGUGUGCAGCCAUGCUCCUGCAUCUUUGGGACCUACAGCCCCACCCCGCCUGGCCUCUCCUGCCGCUGCCUCCCAGGGGCCUCAGGAAGAGCCAGCCCCAGCAGAGCACGGCCAGACGGACCCCCGAGGGCAGGCCAUGGCUGGCAGAACCCCUGCCCCUGCUCAGAGGCCUCUUUUAGGGCCAGGACACCAGAGGUCAAGGGCACAGAGGCUCGGGGAAGCUCUCCCUGUGUGUCCUGUGCCGGGGUCUCGCUCUGCCUCGGGGCGACUGGUGGCGCCUGGUCCCAGGGCUGCCUGUCGCCACUCCCCCGUGGCUCUGGGCCUUCUCCGCCCCUGCGCCGUGCUCGUUACUGAGGUCCUUUGCUUUUUCACUGGCUUGUGUGAUCUCGGAGCCUGUCCUGGUCCUCUCCAAGCGUCCUGCUCUUGCUUCCCAGCCGGGGUCUCCCCAUGCACCUUUGACCCGGCCCGCUUCCACAGUGCCUCUGCUCAGGGUAUCUGCCAGCCCUCGCGUCGGAGGCACAGCUGGGAACGGUCCCACUGCUUGCAGGUGGGGGCCUGGGACCCAGGGGUGGGGGCACCUCCUUACGUCACCCGCAGCGGCACCCACUGGACCCCCCGUGUGGGCCUCCGGCGGCGGGGCCCUACCCCUUCCACACGCCCCUUUCCGGCCCAGCCUGGGAAGGCCAUCACCAGGGGCCGUGGAGUCCUGGCUGCAUGCUGCAGGGGCUGCAGGGGAAACCGGGUCAGGGCGGACCGCCCUUCUCGGUGCCCAGGAAGGUCACCUGCCCAGAAGGUGGGCCAGCAGGUCAGGUGCCCCCCGGGGCAUGCCCAGCCCAGGCCCUCAGGCCGGCUCAGAAGCAGUGCCAUCCGGGGCAGGCUGCAGCUGUGGGUCACGCUGCCGGCGGCCUCUCCACCCAGGGCACACAGGUGGCUCAGACUUGGCCAGAUGAGGUCAGGCCCUUCAGUUCUCGUGGGGUCACAGCGGAGAGCGCAGGGCACCGCAGGCCCCGCCAGCCGAGGCAGAGGCCUCGCUAGGCUUUCCUCCUGGGGCGGGGUGUCCCCUUCCUCCUCCGCCCCCCCAGCUCCCUUCUUCCCCCUCACCCACACCUCACCCACACAGCCUGAUCACCUCUCUUUGGGUGGUCUCUGCUCACUCCUCUGGAAACUGGGGGACGUGCACCUCGUCUCGGUGCCCUGAAUCCUCCACCCACCUGUUCGGUGUGUCUUCGUCUACGAUUCUGUCUGCCAUUCCUUGAACCCUUCACUCCAAAGCCCGAGAACUUUUUUGAGUGGGGGCGGUAUGAGUCACGCACCGUACACCCCCCACUGCAAAGCGCACACCUGCGCAGCAUUUAGUCCGUUCUCAGGGUUGUGCAGCCACCACCUCCAAUUCCAGAACGCUUGGUAGCAGCCCCCCACCUCACCCCACCCCUGGGGCACUGAUCUGCGUUGCCUGUGGACUCAUCUCGUCCGGACAUUUCGUGGAAACAGAGUCACCCGGCGUGUGACCGAGGCCUUCCGCUUUAGUUCAGGGAAACGCUCAGGGCCCAUUGGUACCGAUUCCCUCCGUUCAUCCCCACCCCGCCCCGGCUUCCUCCUCCUCCCAGGCAGGCCCCUGCCACCCCGACCCUCAGCGCCCGUGGCCCUGCUCUUCCUCCUGGACCGCCUGCCUGGGAGCCCCCUGCACAGCUGUCCCUCUGCCCCCACCCUGGCUCACACCCCACUCUGCUGCUCCACGUUCCCGGGGCUGCACCCAGGCGAGUGUGAGGGCCUGUGUGGUCCCCGCCCUGGCACCGCCAAGCCUCGGCCUUCAGAGGGGAGGGACCAGGUGCUCUCAGGGGUCUGGCUGAACCCCCAGCCUCAGCCGCCCCCGCAGCCUCACCACCUCCAGCAGGUAGCAGAUUUUGAGGGGAAGCCCCGGAGAAGGAGUGCACAGCCAGAGCUCCCCAGAUGUGAGGGCCCAGAGCCACCUGCCCGCCAGCAUCUGCCCUGGGCCUCGGGGGCUCAGGGACAGGCUGGGUCGGGAUGCCUCACCCUUCCCCACACAUCCCAUCCCCGCACAUGCCACACCUGUCUCAGCCACGUAGCCGACGCUGGAUCAGAAGCUGCAGAUGACAUCAAGCAUCCCAAGAGCGUUGUGCUAAUUAAGUAUAACGCAAUAAUCUUGGACGAUUCGAGCUGGUUGAUGGGGGGCUCUGUCCAGCCCUGACCCACUGCCGAUGUGCAAGGUGCAGCCUGGAGCACCGCAGCCCCCUCCCUGGGCCCAGGCUGCAGGUCUCCGGCCUGUCUGGUCAUCAGCUGCGUGCCAGGAAGACACGGGGUGAGCUGGAGACCCCAGUUGUCCUGGCCAUGCGGCACCUUAGGCACCGGCCUGUCCUCUGUGUGUCCUCUGUUGGGCGGGGAGGGAUUCUCAACCCCUGUUCCUGGCAGUGAGGUGGGGCCUGCCGUGAGCUUGGGGCAGCUGUGUCCACAGCAAGGAGGCAGGCUGAGAACAACUUGGCCUCUGAAAGGGCCCGGAAACCACUGCCCUGGACUGUUGUCCCCCAACCCCGGGGGCGGCGGGGGGAAGUGCCGAGGCUGCCCCCAGUUCUCGUUCAUCCUCAGGCCUGCAGCUGGCCCCAAACCUCCUCCGCAACUGCAGAAGUUGCUGCUUCUCCUGCAGCAGGUGCAGUCUCCCUCAGGCCGACCCCAGGAGCUCCUGCCCGCACCACCGGCCCAGCAGGCGCUGCGCCCACAGCACGGGGUCUGCGCUCCACCCGCACGCCAUGCAGCCAGCUCAGGGUGCGGCGUGAGCUCUGAAGCACGGCCACGGCCUCUGCUCACAUCUCAGCAGCCUCUCGGGGUCUCUGUCCUCCUCCUACCCCCAGUGAGGACCCGGCUGCUGCAGCCUUGGCCCGGGUGUUCCAGACCCCGUCCCAUGGUCCUGCUUCCUGACUUUUUUUCGUGUCUGGCCACACGCGUGGCCCUCCCACCUGGCCCAGUGUGCUGCAGGCACUCCGCAGACCAUCGGGGGUUGGGAUGACACCCCGCAUCCUGCUGCCCUCUGGUGGCCUCACCCCUUCCGUGAGGGCAGAGGCCACCUCCACCCUGUCCAGGUGCUCAGGUGGGCAGGGGAGGGCCCCCGCACCCACACCCGGCCUC